AUUUCUUGCAGCGAGAACUGCCGAAGUUGGCAGCACGACAUGCUUGUUCAGUUUGACGCAGACAUUAGAGCCAAAAUACCGUUCGUCACAAUAUCAAAAUCAAUGCAAUCAUGAUGAGAAACGUCGUUGCUUGGGUGCGCCAGGUUCUUCUAUGCUAGAGACACUAAAUUUUCUUGUAAUUAAUGCGCACUUGGCGUUGUCAGUGAUUAGCUUUCGCAUGGAUUUAAAAAAAAUGUUCAUUGAUUUAAUGGCAAUGCAAACAGUAUAUGCCCUCGUACAAGGAAGCCAAAAACUGUAUUAUGUCACCUUGUUUACAGACCGCAGAUAUUAUGUCACCUUGUUUACAGACCGCAGAACCAGUGUGAUAAAGAAGAAAGAACGCGUUGCCUGGGGUGCUACAAUUGAAGCUCUACCGAGGGUGCCACAGGUAGAUCU